GUGAGAUAAUGCUUAUGAUAGACGAAGUACAAAUCAACAACACGGCGUCGCUUUUGUUCACCACUUGUGCUUGUUGAUCACCUCGACAUUUGGCAGAACUCGAAACUACACUGUUCAAAACUUUUGAAUGUGACAUCAUGUCUCACUCAGACGAGAAUCAAUUAGAUCAGAAACAAGAGGCACUUCACGAUGCCGAAACUGCAAGUCAUCGCGUCGGCGACCUGUCACGCUUGGAGCGCGACACUGACGUCGCGGCUCGAUUCCUCGCCUCACUCGACCCAUCCAUCAUCAACGAGCCUAUCACCAAGGAAGAGUCCCGCCGGCUACUAUGGAAGAUCGACCUUAUCAUAGUCCCUCUUCUCGCAUUUUCCGUUAUUAUCGCAGCAGUUGACAAGGUCAUCAUAUCCAACGCCGCCAUCUACGGUAUGCGCAAAGAUACCAAUCUAGUUGGAAAUCAGUUUUCUUGGGUCGGAUCUAUCUUCUACUUUGGUUUCUUGGCCGCUGAAUGGCCUAGUAAUGUUCUAAUUCAGAAGCUUCCACUUCGGACAUUCUAUGCUGCAACAGUUCUCGCUUGGGCGGCUCUUUCGUUCGGUACUGGAGGGGCAACUAGCUUUGCAAGCCUAGCAUCUGUUCGAUUUCUCAUGGGUAUUUUCGAAGCUGUGGUUUUCCCCAUCUGCACCUUGGUAUCGACUAUGUGGUGGACUAUCGAUGAACAACCGAUUAGAGUCGCGAUCUGGUUCAAUACACUAUCUUCCAUCAUAACAGGGUUGUUCUCAUACGGCGUUGGUCACAGCAACUCCAAUGUUGCGCCAUGGAGAUUGCUAUUCUUUAUUCUCGGAGCGAUUACUACUCUCUGGGCAGCAAUUCUCUACAUCUUUUUGCCGAGUUCUCCAGUUGAAGCUUGGUGGUUAACCGACCGCCAGAAGUAUGUGUGCUUAGAACGGGUGCGGAAAAGUAACACCGGUAUCGAGGAUAAGAAAAUGAAAUGGUACCAGGUUAAGGAAUGUCUUAUGGACCCUAGAUCUUGGUUGAUCUCCAUUUUCGCCUGCGCCAUCAAUAUUCCGAAUGGUGGUCUAGUCACAUUUGCAGCCAUUAUCGUCAACGGCAUGGGAUUUAGCACAUUAGACACAACCCUCCUAGGCGUUCCUACCGGCGUCGUCGGCACCCUUUGGUCUCUGAUCCUAAAUAUUACCGCAAGUCGCCUGCCAGGUUGGCGGUGUGUACUCAUCGUCAUCGCGAUUAUGUUCCCCAUGGCAUCAGCUAUCCUUAUGUGGAAACUACCUUCAGAUAACAAGCUCAGCUUAUUGGGAGCAUACUACGCAUUUUAUUCCUACUGGGCGCCUUACACUAUGUGUACAUCCCUUCCCAUGGCGAACACAUCAGGGCACACUAAAAAGGUCACGUUGAACGCUAUGUUCUUUAUAGGUUAUUGCGUUGGAAAUAUCUUGGGGCCGCAGGUUUUCCGUGACGAUGACGCUCCAGAAUAUCAUCGAGGUUAUAUUGGGCUUCUGGCAUCGUUGAUUGUUGGCGCCGUAUCUAUCACAAUAUAUGGUUUGCUUUGCUAUUGGGACAACGCCAGGCGCAAUAAGUUACAGGGAGGAGGACCCGCACCCCAAACAGAGGAAGAGAAGAUACGAGAGGCAUUUUCGGAUAAGACCGAUAAAGAGAAGCCCAACUUCAGAUAUACAUAUUAGUCUAUAAUCUGAUACGGCAGCUGGGAGAUUCAUACAGGAACAAACAAGUAACUUAAAUAUAUCAUAUUAAGUUACCAAACGUCCCUCCAUUAUUCUUCCAACCUCCGUA